CCAGUAUGUAAAGCUCCGCUCCUCAAGACACCACCACAGCGGAAUGCUACAAUGACCUUUGUUGACACAUAUGUCCGAGUACCUAAUAUCCAUAAGCAACAGGAAUGGACAGCAUACGCGAUAGCACAACUCGCAGUCACAAACGAGGAUCUUCACGUUCCGCUUGAUCGAGCUCUAAUCUCAAGUCUCGUACGCCCGACGUCAUUUACACCCUUCUGCUUGAGUGAGUAAGAAGGCCACCCAUGGAGAGUCUACGGUCCUCAAACCUUUGAUAUGCCACACCUUCGAACAUGGGACGAACUCUCGCGCAGCAAACUCGAUGGCAAGAACAACUGUAUGAUGACAAGAGGACCACAUCAACGGCUCGACACUGCGGAAUGUCGGAACUCCCUGGCUAUCCACAUCAACCACAGCGACUGGAGGCCAACACCAUUUGUCUCAUUCACCACAUCAGCAGCAGGAGUUGAGCAACUGGCAGGUAUGAGAGCACGGCGAGGCAACCGAGGCGCUCAGCACCUUACCGCCGUUGAUCCCCUGGUGCGCCGGAAAGUCGGGCUGCCCGUCCUUGAUGUCCUUGUCGAAAUGAACUCAGUACAAUAUAGCAGAUCCAUACGAGCAGACCCAUACAGAAAGGAAAAUCGAUACUAUUGAGACGAACAUGUUUGUCUAUGGCAAGUCUCGGAGGGAAAGAUUGUAGGGCAUUGGAGCUGGGAUGAUCGCCUGGCCAUGAGUUCGAGUUGGUAUGAUGAUAUCGUCAUGCCCGUAUUCAAGGGGUGUCAAAGGAAGCGAGAAUUGACAUCCAAAUCUCGCCGGACGUGUCGCAGGACUUGUCAACGGCCAUAGACAAGCUUUCUCGUAGGCCUUCAAUCAGAUAUGUACCGACUGAAUACCGCGAUCUAACAGACCAAGUCACCAACGGUGGA